AUGGCGUACUUCAUCGACGGAAAGGAUUGCAUGAUAUCCGAAUGGAUUCUGCUGGCAGCAUCCUAUGUGUUCGUCGGCCUGCGGGUGUACACUCGCCUCUUCCGCUUGCGCGAGAAGCUGGCCUUGUCCGACUACCUCCUCAUUCUCUCGGCCUUCAAUGCCCUUGGCCUGAUCAUCUGCGACACCUUGACGUACCAGCUCGGUGUCAUGGACAACUGGGAAUCCUCCGUUGCUCUGUCCAAGAUUUCCUUCGCGUCCAACUACUUCUACGAUGUAGGCAUGGGUUUUCCGAAGAUGAGCAUGCUGGCAUUCUACUGGGCCUACUUCCCCGCCGACACCAGCCCUGCGAUGCGCAAGGCGUUGUGGGGUAUCACCGCCUUCGUCUGCCUUUCCUACAUGGCGAUCCUUUGGGACGACACGUUCUUCUGCGGCAAGGACGUCUCCGUCCAGUGGUCUCAAGAGGAGGGCGCCUGCAGUGUCUUCUACGCGCCUGAGCCCUUCAUCCUCAACUUCACUCUCAACCUAGCCUGCUACGUCUUUGUUUACGUCCUUCCUCUCACCCUUCUGUUCCAGGGUGUUCUCCAGCCGUCCAAGGGUCUCACCAUCGCUUUCGUUCUUGGUCUCCUGACAAUCUUUACCACCAUCGUCCGCUUCAUCACUCUCAAGGUUGGCACGGGACAGGAGAAUCUUGUCUACCCUCUCAGCAUCCUCGAGAUGACCCUCGCCAUCACUGUCGUCGCUCUGCCUGGCCUGAAGCCUCUUCUGGAACGAUCAUCCAAGAGCCCCUCGUUCGAGACGGUCGAAGUCGAUAACCAGACGAAGAACUUCUCCUGA